CUCUAACGCCCACUACCCCGUUGGCCUCACGAUGGAUGUGCCCGUAGAUCCUCUUUUAAAAGCGCCUUUCCCACAACGACCUGGCUCUCGAAUUGACAUGGACGUUGAUACUAAGCCCAUUGUUGGAUCGUCAUCGUCGUCUGUGGCUCCUAGACCAACCCCUCCUCUUCCUCAUCCUGGGCACAUCGACAGUCCUCCACCAAAGCCGAAAAUUCCGACACAAUCUAUUGGUGAAGAUGCCUCACCUCCCUCGCGUCUUUCUCCUGGUCCAAAAGUAAAGUCGGGGACACCGAAGCCACUGACGCCGACCCUACGUCCGGGUGAAGCUGCUGCAGGACCUUCUUCUGGGCCAAAAUCACCUGAAGCUGGGAGGCCGUUGAACGUCACGGAUGCGCUGAGCUACUUGGAUGCAGUAAAGGUUCAGUUCCAGGACAAGCCAGAGGUUUACAAUCGCUUUUUGGAUAUUAUGAAGGAUUUCAAAAGCCAAGUUAUUGAUACUCCUGGUGUCAUACAACGGGUGUCGCGUCUAUUCCAUGGGAACCCUUCGCUUAUCGGAGGAUUUAACACGUUUCUUCCAGCUGGUUAUCACAUAGACGUAUCUGCAGACCCCCUUGAUCCGAAUACAAUCACCGUCACUACUCCGCAGGGAACGACGACACAAAGCACCAACAAUUUUGGAAUCGCCAGAAUACAGCCUCCCCGCGACAUUCCAGGGUUUGGCCCUAACCUCGCUCAUCCACUUCCAUAUCCUCCUGGCAUUGCCCCGCCUCUCUUGCCUCCGCUCAGCUCUCGUUCGAUGACCCCACAAGCCUACCAUCUCUCCCAUGUUACUCCACAAUUCGAUCCCAACUUUUCCCCAGGAUUUCACCAAAGCACGCAGACAAAUGCGGCCGCAUCGCUUCUAGGGAACCUGAAUAACAAGAAUGCCGUGGAGAAACAACCACCAGGAGAGUUCAACCAUGCGAUACAAUACUUGAACAAGAUAAAAGCGAGAUACUCGGAUAUCCCUAACACGUACAAACAAUUUCUCGACAUCCUUCAAACAUACCAGAAAGAGCAAAAGCAUACCCAAGAGGUUUACUCCCAAGUCCGGGUCUUGUUCAAGGAUGCUCCCGACUUGUUGGCGGAAUUCAAAGACUUUCUUCCCGAGGUAGUUCCUCCUCAGAACGGAAUGGUGAUCGUUCCUCAGCCAUCUGGGAGUCAAACGAUGUCGGCCUCACAAGCGUGGAACCCCCCCGAUUCUUCAUCAAGUUCUCCCGAUAAAGCUGUCAAGAAACCUGGGCAGCCUCUGAAAAGAAAGAAGCGCGCGGUAGAGAAAGAUACGACCCCAGUCCCUCCAACGAAGGUAGUGCCUACCAGGGCCAAGAAACCUAAACAUCACCAUAAAGACACUGGUUCUCCUUCAUUCUCGCCAUAUAUGGGCCCAUCAUCGCCCCAACCCACUCACACCCACGGUCAUGUACACCCACCGAACCCUCAAUUACCUCCGCCUCCUGUACCUCAUUCGCACCCUAUGCAACCUCCAAUAUCUACCCAUUCCAUUUCAAUGUCAUCCGCCCCGGCAUCUGCAGAUCGCCUUUGGUUCUUUGACCGUGCGAAGAAGGCCCUAGAAAGCCGAGAGAUGUAUGAGGAAUUCUUGAAGCUCCUCAAAGUGUUUUCGAACGAGAUUAUCGAUGUCAAAACAUUGAUUGACCGGAGCCGGGCCUUUUUGGGCGAUGGAGAAUUGAUGACUGAGUUUAAGGAAUUAGUGGGGUGGGAUUCUCGACAAGAAAAGGUCGAAAAUGGUCCCCCGGGGAGUAUCCGAACAGGUCCUCCAGAGGCACUGUCGGCGCUACCUGUUGACGAUGGAGAAGGUCCCAGUUAUCGGAAACUCCCUGACAGCGAGGUGCGCUUGGCAUGUUCCGGUCGUGACGAACUUUGCCGGUCUGUCCUCAAUGACGAAUGGGUUUCGCAUCCUACGUGGGCUUCCGAGGAAGCCGGUUUCGUGACUCACAAAAAGAACUCCUUUGAGGAAGCCCUUCACAAGAGCGAGGAGGAGCGACAUGAAUAUCAUGUUCAACUACAGGCUCUCACGGCCACCAUCGCGGUUUUGGAACCCCUUUGCGCACGAAUCGAGGAGAUGACAAGCGAGGAACGGUCAUUGUUCAGACUUAAGCCGAAUCUUGGUGGGUCGGGACGCUGUCUGUACGAACGUAUCAUCAAGAGGAUCUACGGCCGUGACAACGGCAUAGAGAUUCUGAGAGCUCUGCAAGAGAACCCCGGUGUCGCCGUACCAGUUGUCCUUACCCGGCUGAAGCUAAAGGACGAGGAAUGGAGACGGGCACAACGUGAAUGGAGUCGAACCUGGCGCGAGGUUGAUUCGAAGAACUUCUACAAGUCUUUGGAUCAUCAGGGGAUCAGCUUCAAAGCGAACGACAAAAAGAAUAUCACCGCGAAGCACUUUGUGGCCGACAUAGAGACAAUUAAAGGUCAGCAGACUGCCGCUGAGCCGCAAGAUCACAUCCCUGCAUUUGCUGCAGGCUCCGUUGGGCCGCAACUUGAAUAUUCUUUCGAGGAUUCUGUCGUCUUACAUGACUGUUUGAAAAUGAUCUUUUCGUUCUUAGAUCGCUCACAGGGCCAGUACAGUCAGCCUGAGCGGAGGAGUGUGGAGAAAUUCGUCCGGACUUUUGUGCCAGUCCUGUGUAUGUAUCCUCUGGCCGAGUUCAACGACGCGUGUGGACCUCCGGACGGCAUUCUUGAUGAUGCCCAUGAACGUGGCGAUGUGAGCAGAGGUGGUAGGAGGUCAACAGGCAGUGUCUAUUCUGUCUACUCGAAUGGGAUUGUUGCGGAAGACUUGCGGAAGAAACUUCUUCGGACGGUGCAGGAGAGGACAUCUACUGGAAAUCCCAGAGGAUCAAUGUCAGCAGUAGGAUCUCGUGCUCCUUCACCUGCUUCGGGUCGUCAUUCACCCUCUGCUCGGCAAGAUGAAGAGAUCACUCGAGCGCCGCCUGAAGAUAUUUGGAUCAGGGAAACUGCUGCAACCGGUCCGGCCUCUGAUCACAUCGCUAACGGAGGUGAAUCGGAUCGGCCUUUUUUUGCAAACACAACGUUCUAUACAUUACUGCGUCUGUUACAGCUAUUAUACUCUCGUCUGCUGAUGUGUAAGGAAGUUGGCCAACAGCUUGUAGCAAAUAAGCAUGCGCAGCUGAAGGCUAACCCUGUAGCUGUUCAGCUGGGCCUGGAUGAUCCGAAUGGACCCGCCACAUUGCUUACACAAACCCAGGACGUUCUGAACGUCCGGGAGGAAAACAAUGUCGCGUAUAUGUAUCUUUUAGAUGCAUGCGACAAAGUAUUUUCGGGGGAGCUAGACCAAAUCUCGUUCGAAGAGCACAUGAGAUGGUUUUUCGGAAAGAAGGCUUAUCACUUGUUUACAAUGGACAAAUUAAUUACCGCCUUGGUGAAACAGGUCCAGACGAUUAUCGGUGAUUCCAAGUGCCAGGAGCUAUGGUCGUUGUUGCGAAGUGCCCAGCAUACGAACUCGAUAACUAAUCAGGAUGUUGUUCGAUAUCGACGGGAGGCUGAGAGACACGUUGGUCAAGAUGACCAUCUCUAUCGAAUUCAAUGGAUGCGAGGGACCAAAAUGGUCCGUGUACAGCUCAUGGCGCCCGAAGACUCAAGUGUCGAGGGAGGCAGGGAUGCUGUGUCCCGCUGGCGCGAGUAUGUUAACACAUAUACGAUGCGCCAUCCCACGGAAUGGAUACCCACGGAAAAAGAGACAAGCAGCAGGGUGUUUCUCGCAAGGUCGAUCCGGAAUUCGGCGGAUGGCACAGCCGUUUCAGGAGAAGGAAUGAUAAGUGUACGGAUAAGUGUACCGACGUACAAAAUCGUGUAUGAAGGAGGGUCGGAAGAGGUGCUGUUUACCCGUUUGACGAGCAGUUCGUUGAUAGAGCGGGCACACGCCAGGGAGGAGGAACGGAGGAAGUCCAUGACUACAUUGAAUGCCGUAUGGGAAAGCUAUUUAUAGAUAUUCAAAUUUGCAGAAAACAAGUUUAAUCGAUGGGUAUAA